AUGACCCAGUAUUUAGAUCACUGGCUAAUCAUGAGUGAUGUAGAAAGGGAGUAUAACUCGCUGUUUGACUUCUUGAUACGCGACCAGCUGUUGAGUAAUUGCCCUCUUGACCUUCGCAUCUUUCUCAAAGAACGAACGUUCGUUAGUACAGUGGAAAUGGCCCAAGCAGCGGAUAGGUUUCGUUGCGCCCAUAGAGCUGUCAGAAGUCGUAAAACGCCUGUUAAUGACGACACUACUUUCAAGAAAGACCCGAAUGUUCCCCUGAAGGAUGUGUUUUGUCACCACUGUUCUAAAGCGGGUCACAUACGUCCUUCUUGUCCCGAACUGAAAUUCUCUAAAUCUAAGACUUCUCAGAAAGUAAAUGCUGUAUUUAAGGCUGACAUAAAUUACGAUCACGGUAUUACGUGUGAAGGAUCGUUUUAUGGCAAGCCGGUAGAAGUAUAUUUUGAUUCAGGAUGCUCGUCAAUUAUAGUUAAGGAAUCGCUCGUGCCCGCCUCGGUCAAGCCAGGAAAGGUGGUUGCGCUGUAUGACUACCUGGGGGAGCGGCGCGAAUUCCCCACCGCACGUUGUCUGAUUAGGAGUAAAUUCCUAAAUGGAUGGUUUAACGUCGUGGUCGCCCCGAUAAAGUUCACGGAUAUACUCAUCGGAAUGGUGCCGGGUGUCAAGGUGUCGAGCGUGAACAUACCGAAUAUGAAAGUAACCGAAACUCCAACUUCUCAGAGGAGCGAAGUUAAUGUUGUCGCGACCCGGGCCGCCAAAGCGAAGGAAAAUGUCGAUCCUGACAAAUUAAUUGUUCCUAACUUCCAAUUUGAGAACGUCUCGAAACAAGAUUUCAUAGUUGCUCAGUCUUCCUGCCCUUCUUUAGAACAUAUUCGCUCUAAAGAAAUAAAUAAAGCCAUUGUUACUGUAAAAAGUCGCUCGGUAAAGUUCGAACGCGUGAAUGGGUUAAUUUACCGAAUUUGCAUAAAGAGUAAACACGAACACGAAGUCGGUGAGAAACAAUUGGUUGUGCCCCGUAAAUAUAUUCCUAUAAUUUUGUCUAUGGCUCACGAUUCACCACUGGCGGGCCAUUUCUCUCAUCGAAAGAGUGCAGAAAAAAUCUUCCAUAAAUUCUUUUGGCCAGGAGCAGGCGCAGAGAUCAAACGCUACUGUCGCUCUUGUCAUGCUUGCCAGAAAACCGUUCCUAAAGGCAAAAUCAGAAAGGCGCCUAUGAUUCAGAUGCCAGUCAUAAGCGAGCCGUUCUCCCGAGUGGCGAUUGAGAUCGUCGGGCCGAUCUCCCCGCCCUCUAGCCGAGGCCACAAGUAUAUGCUGACCUUGAUUGACAUGGCCACCAGAUUUCCCGAGGCAGUUCCUCUGAGAAACAUAGAUUCUGUAACUAUUGCUGAAGCGUUGCUAACCAUUUUCGCUCGUGUGGGAAUACCUAAAGAGAUUCUUUCUGAUCGUGGUACUCAGUUUAAGUCUGAUUUAAUGGCAGAGAUCAACCGACUGCUUUCUAUUAAAGCAUUAUACACUACUCCGUAUCAUGCGUGUUGUAAUGGCACUGUCGAACGGUUUCACGCAGUACUAAAAGCUAUGUUGAAAAAGCUCUGCAGCGAGCGACCUCAUGACUGGGAUCGUUUUAUCCCAUCCGUCUUGUUUGCGUAUCGCGAGAUUCCCCACGAUACGCUUAAAUUUAGUCCAUUUAAGUUGCUCUACGGCCGUAAAGUACGUGGCCUAUUAUCUGUUUUACAUAAUUUGUGGACUAAAGAUGAUAUUGAUAGAGAGGUUAAAACUACCUAUCAAUAUGUAUUAGAUCUGCAAUCUAGAUUAGAACAAUCGGCUCAAUUAGCAUCCACUCAUGCAGACGUGAGUAACAAAAUGUACAAGACCUAUUUAGACAGGAAAGCUAGAGCUCGAACAUUAAAAGAAGAGGAUGAAAAACAGCAACGGACGGCUUAUGCGCUGGUCCCUCGCCCUUCAGUCACAUUCAUUCACAAUAUAAUAUAUAAAAGGGCAAGAAAAUGUUGGAGCUGA